GGGAGGGCGGGCGGGGGCGGGCGCGCCGGCCGCGGGUGGGAGGAGACACGCGAGGCCGGCCGGCUGCGCCCGGGUCGCCGCGCCGCGACCCGCACACCCCACGCCGUGCUCGCCGGCUCCCACGCCCCCGCACCUCGCUCCCGAUCGGCGGUUUCCGAAGAGCCCCCCUCCCCCUCGGGCGGCCGCCGGCGGCGAUGCUGCAAGAAACUUCUUAAAUGACCGCGUCCCGCUGCCCCGCCGAGCGUUUCUGGGUUGGGGAGAGGAAAGGAAAGUGGAAAAAAACUGAGAACUUCCUGAUCCCUUUCGCUGUGAGACAUGUCUGAGACUCCUGCUCAGUGUAGCAUUAAGUGACGAAAACACUUGGGGGUCCUCGGGAUGGCUGCCUCACCCACGUGCGUCCCUGACCAUCUGUUCUCGGAUGCUCUACGGCUAGUAGAGGGAGUGAGGAUUUCAGGGAAGAGGACCAGAGAGGCCUGGUGGACAGCAGGAGUCUCUCUUUUCGGAGAAAACAGCCAGUCCUCUGUGGCCAGUUCUUCCUCUAACUGGAGAGAUUAUACAGCCUCUGUACACCAGGAACGAAUUUCAUAUACACCUCCGGAGAGUCCAGUGGCCAGCUACGGUUCCUCCACUCCACUUCAUGUUCCAGUGCCUCGGGCGCUCAGGAUGGAGGAAGACUCAAUCCACCUGCCAGCGCACCUGCGUUUGCAGCCGAUUUACUGGAGCAGAGAUGACGUAGCCCAGUGGCUCAAGUGGGCAGAAAAUGAGUUUUCUCUAAGGCCCAUCGAGAGCAACACGUUUGAAAUGAAUGGCAAAGCCCUCCUGCUGCUGACCAAAGAGGAUUUCCGCUACCGAUCUCCUCAUUCAGGCGAUGUGCUCUAUGAACUCCUUCAGCAUAUCCUGAAGCAGAGGAAACCUCGAAUUCUCUUCUCACCGUUCUUCCCCCCUGGGAACUCCAUCCACACCAAGCCAGAGGUCCUACUGCAUCAGAACCAUGAUGAAGAUAACUGUGUCCAGAGGACACCCAGGACGCCAGCGGAGAGCAUGCACCACAACCCUCCCACCAUUGAACUCUUACAUCGCCCUAGGUCACCCAUCACCACAAACCACAGGCCUUCUCCCGACCCCGAGCAGCAGAGGCCCCUGCGGUCUCCCCUGGACAACAUGAUCCGCCGCCUCUCGCCAGCGGAGAGAGCCCAGGGGCCGAGGCUGCAGCAGGAAAACAACCACCAGGAAUCCUACCCCCUGUCAGUGUCUCCUAUGGAGAAUAAUCACUGCCCUCCGUCCUCGGAGUCCAACCCGAAGCCCUCGAGCCCCUGGCAGGAGAACACGCGGGUGAUCCAGCUGAUGCCCAGCCCCAUCAUGCACCCCUUGAUCCUGAACCCCAGGCACUCGGUAGAUUUCAAACAGUCCCGGCUCUCUGAAGACGGGAUGCAUCGGGAAGGAAAGCCCAUCAACCUGUCUCAUCGGGAGGACCUGGCUUACAUGAAUCACAUCAUGGUCUCCGUGUCCCCACCUGAAGAGCACGCCAUGCCCAUUGGGAGAAUAGCAGACUGUAGACUGCUUUGGGAUUAUGUCUAUCAGUUGCUCUCCGACAGCCGGUACGAAAACUUCAUCCGAUGGGAGGACAAAGAAUCCAAAAUAUUCCGGAUAGUGGAUCCCAACGGACUGGCUCGACUCUGGGGAAACCAUAAGAACAGAACAAACAUGACCUAUGAGAAAAUGUCCAGAGCCCUGCGCCACUACUACAAACUAAACAUUAUCAGGAAGGAGCCCGGACAAAGGCUUUUGUUCAGGUUCAUGAAAACCCCAGAUGAGAUCAUGAGUGGCCGGACAGACCGUCUAGAACACCUCGAGUCUCAGGAGCUGGAUGAACAAACGUACCAAGAGGAUGAAUGUUAAGGGAACCUACCCCAGCCUCGCCGGUGGGCUAGCCAAGAGGAAACCUGCCCACGGGGAUGCAGGAGGUGUGAUGGAGCAGGCGAGCUAGGGAUGGCUGGAAGGAAGAGUCAGGAAGUGUGCGGUGAGAGGAAGAACUUCUCCUGCAGAUCAGGAGGGACCCAGAGCACCUGAGACCAGCCACCCCGCAAUGGCAGGCCUGGAGUUCUGGCGGAGGGCACAAGCCUGAGACUCCCACGUCACGUUUGCUUCUCCUUCGGAUUUCUUGUCUGUAACCCUCACCCUGCACCUGUUGUUAGUCUCAUGGUGUUUCCAGUUUUGUUUUUGUUUUUGUUUUUUAAGAACAUGCAGUUUGACUAUUCAUCGUUCAUACAGGGAAGACAUCACAUGUUUGUUUUCCUAUGGAAAUAUAUCUAUUAUAUAUAUUAUUAAUUUUUUUUUGUUGUUGUUGUUGCAAAUCUCACCAAGUACAGCCAGCUCAGCUGGUCAGGAAAGAGAAAACUUGCAGAAGGGAUCAGGUUCCUUUUUCCUGCCACAUAGAUCUGGUUUGUCCUGUCCAAGUCAGGUCUUAGAUGAGAAAGGAAAACAAAGUGAGAGAGAUACUUUGAUACAAUGAAAAAAGAAGAGUUCUGUCUUGUCUCCCCCUCCUCCCUUCCCCUUUCUCUGCCUGCUGUUCCACUUCACAGGCCUUUCCUCAGAACUAGCCUCACUAGCACCUGAACUAAACAUUGACCCAGCUGCUCUGUGACCGUCAGACCCCUUGGGACCCAUCUGAGGAAGGCCAGACAUCCCCCCAAAUGCUGCUGUAUUCCAAAAGGAACAGUGGGAGGAUCAGGCAUAAGAUAGGACAGGUUUUGCCAGGCCCUGGCAGUUUGAGAUUGUCCCGAAAAUGCUACCCAUUAAGAAAAUAUGAGGAGACCACACAGGCCUGGUAGGCCAGGAGCUAUGAGAACAGGUCAUCAAGGCUGUCCCAAGACAUCAAGCCCUCGUGGGAUUGUCACCACCCCACACACUCCAAGGCCUAGUCUUUUUCUUCUGCACUUGUCCUCACUGAACACAGAACACACAGAAGGGAAGAUCCUGGAAUUUAGUCUCGGGCACAGCCGGUAUUUGCACAACCAGAGCAGACAGGAAAUUCCUCAGAUUCAUGCUUUUUUUUUU